UGCUUGUUUGAUUUAGAAAAAAAAACAUUACACUCCCAAGGAAUGAGUCUUCGCUUUACAAUUGAGGAAAACUAAGAAAAACAUUACUUUUUCAUGUAAAUUUAAUAAGGUAACAUUAUAUGAGACAUUCAUUCUCAUGGGAACCAUCUAGAACACUGUAAAGAUAAUGAAUACAGCAGUGACACACCAUGAGGUCUAAAUAUACAUGUGCUACGCAUAUACAUAUAGAAUGUUAUUAAGAGUAAAGAAACAAAGAUUUUGAACAGGUGGAAGAACCAAGGGACUACAGCAGCUGUGUUCAAGUUGGAAAUUUCUGAUAAACCAUGAACUGGGGCAUUUUCCAGGGUCUUCUCAGUGGAGCAAGUCAUUUCUCUACUGCAUUUGGGCGCAUAUGGAUGUCAGUAGUCUUUGUCUUCCGGCUACUGGUAUACGUGGUGGCAGCUGAAAGAGUAUGGGCGGAUGAACAAGGAGAAUUUGACUGUAAUACAAAACAGCCAGGGUGCACUAAUGUAUGUUAUGAUUACUACUUUCCAGUAUCUCAUAUCAGGCUUUGGGCCCUCCAGCUCAUCAUGGUUACUUGCCCAUCUCUCCUUGUUCUAAUGCAUGUGGCAUACAGGGAAGAUCGAGAAAGAAAACAUAGGCAAAAACAGGGAGAGGAUUGUGGAAGACUUUAUUUAGACACAGGAAAGAAGAGGGGAGGAUUGUGGUGGACCUACCUCAUUAGCCUUAUAGUAAAAGCUUUAGUAGAUUCAGUGUUCCUCUACAUCUUUCAUCUCAUCUACAAGGAUUAUUCCCUGCCCUAUGUUGUCAAGUGUACAUUACCUCCAUGUCCAAAUAUUGUAGACUGCUUUAUAUCGAGACCCACAGAAAAAAAUAUUUUCACCUUGUUCAUGGUUGUAACCACCAUUGUUUGCAUUCUACUCAACCUGUGUGAGAUAGGAUAUCUGGUUUCUAAAAGAUGUCGUGAGAAGCUGACCAAGCAAAAUCAGCCUAAUAAUGUUCUUGCAUACCUUCAAAAACAAGAGAUGUUCCACGCCAACAAUAAGGUGAACGAAGAGAUAGACUUGCUGCCUCAUAUUCAUGUAACACCACCUGAAACUAAAUUAAAAUGAGAAACUGACUAUAUAAGCUGCACAAUGAAACAUAACAUAGUUUAUAAGUCUUGUUAAAGUGUCAAACAAAUUAUUUCAGAAAACUGGUUCCCUAUCAGAAAUUGUCACUAAUGGAUAAUUCCUUCAAAAAGGUAAAUAGAGGAAACAGACAAACAGGCUUUAUAUGAAAUGUUCAAGGGCACUGAUAUAGUAUAAUGCACUGACAUGGCACUGCUUUACCAUCUACAUGUAGCAUACACAUCACAAAGUAUGCUUCUAGGAAACAUUAUACAGUAGGUAAAUGGCCUAGCUUGGAGAUUUGCCAACUUGUGACAUUUUAUAAUAUUAUUUUCUGCUUAGUGUCUAAAGGUUGUGCUCAUAAACUUGAAAGGCUACAUUAUUGCACAAAGGUCUCUGAACUUUUAAACACCGAAGUGUAACAUGAAUUAUACAAUUCAGUUUGGAGAUAGGCUUUAUUUUCUAGUUUAAUCUGCUGGCAUGAGUGGCCUUUAGCCACUGUAAUGGCGUUCUGGUGUGAUUUCCAUCAGAUUAAGAAUAAACUUUACCGGAUAAUGGUGGAUGAUAAACUACCCAGUAUUCCCUCCAUACAGAAUGUCUAAAAGCAUGGAAAUGUAGCAUUAUCCCUCUCUGUAUCAAGCGUCCUUGUUUAGACAGAAUAGUUCUCCUUUUCUAUCACUACUAUUAUUGUUUCUUUUCUAUUUUACGUUAUUCUUAAUACUUUUAUUCAUGUAACCCUCAUUUUAUUUUCUGUUAUUUCAUAUUAGUGGGUCUUCAUGAAAACUGGAUUUUUUUUUACUUUACUUUUUUUCUGUUUACUUUCCUUUUCUCACAUCUUAUAUUAUGAUGUAACUAUAUUGAUCAGGAUUGUUUGAGCAAUGAAGCCAUAUUUUUGAAUCAGUUACCAACCUUUUAUAUCAUCCACCCUUGAUGGUAAUGAAAUGACUCUGCUAACCGUGUACCAGUCUACACUGCAAAAUUUAACAAAAGUAAACAGCAGGAAACAAACAUGUCAGCCUUUUGCAUGCAGUACAAUGACUAGGAUUUUAUUUCUUUUGUCACAUAAACAAUAUUUGUUUCUAAAAACGUGUAUAGGUAGCUGCAACCCAACAAUAGGGACAAUAGUAUUACUGCCAGACGAGUACUAAUGUGAAAAAGGUUGUGUAUCCCAUACAACCUCCAAACAAUGUAUAAAGUGGGGGUACAAUUUCCUCA